GCCAAAGUCAAACUCAUCACUCGGCGGUCGGCGCAUCGGUUUUUGAUCGGGAAACUCGAGCACAGUUCAGUUUUAUUACUGGUACCAAUUCAUAACGCCGAGCCAUUGGCAAGUCGGUUCCGAGAAGCUAUAUAUUCUCACGAAAUGACACGGACGGUUCAAAUCAUAUCAUAGUUCAUAAGCGACUGCAAGGGGACAAAUCGCAUUCACAAAACAUACACCAUUAAUUAUUGGUACAUUCACACGUCACUGCCAGAGGAAAGGACCUUCGCGAGCGGCGGCACAUGAGGACGGUGGCUCUGAGCUGGAGCUCCCUGGGCUCGCUCGUGGCCACGGCCGUGGUGGUGCGCACGGCGGUGCGCGACGUGCUCCCGCCGGAGGCGCACGGCGCGCUGCGGGCGCUCCUGGCGUGCGCCGCGGCCGCCUUCGCCCAGCCGUCCGACACCAUCGUGGUCCACGAGACGGACGCCAACGGCGUGCCCAACGAGCUCUACGACGCGGCGCAGCUCUACCUCGGCGCGCGCUGCCUCGCGUCGGCCCCCGCGCUGCACCUCCACAAGGCGCACGGCGCGGGCGACGUGGUGGCGUCGCUGCCGGACGACCACACGGCGCGGGACACGUUCCGCGGGGUCCGCGUCCUGUGGGCGUCGCGGCGCGCGGAGUCGAGCGGCGCCUACUCCCCGUCCGGGUUCGGCGGCGGCGGGGGCGGGAGAGGAGGCUGGUCGCGUGGGUUCAGCUACCCGGUCGGCGGCGGGCACCAGCAGCAGCGGUGCCUCGUCCUCCAGUUCCCGCGCCGCCACCGCGACGUCGUGCGCGACGCAUACAUCCCCCACGUCCUCGACAUGGCCGCCAGGCUGCGGCUCAAGACGCGGGAGCGGAAGCUCUACACCAACAACUACGGCGGCUGCGGCGGGCCGGACGCGCACGAGAUGCUGUGGUCGUCGCACCCGUUCGCGCACCCGUCCACGUUCGACACGCUCGCCGUCGACCCGGCGCUCCGCGACGGCAUCCGCUCCGACCUGCUCCGCUUCGUGCGCCGGCGGGACCACUACGCGCGCGCCGGCCGCGCCUGGAAGCGCGGCUACCUGCUGCACGGCCCGCCGGGGACCGGCAAGACCAGCCUCAUCGCGGCCAUCGCCAACUUCCUCGAGUUCGACAUCUACGACCUGGAGCUCACCGCGGUGCAGUCCAACACCGACCUCCGGAGGCUACUCGCCUGCACGCGCCCCAUGUCGCUGAUCGUCGUCGAGGACAUCGACUGCUCCCUCGGCCUCCUCGACCGGACGAAGGCCGCCGACGACGCCGAGCGGGACAUUGCGCCGCCGCGCCAUCUCAGCUUGUCGCGAUUCCCACCGAUGGGAGGGCCAGGGAUGUACGGGGAUAAGAUCAGCCUGUCCGGCGUGCUCAACUUCGUGGACGGGCUCUGGUCGUCCUGCGUCGGGGAGCGCCUCAUCGUGUUCACCACCAACCACGUCGACCGCCUCGACCCGGCGCUGCUGCGGCCCGGCCGGAUGGACCGCAAGAUCGAGCUCGGCUACUGCAAGGGCCCCGCGCUGCGCGUGCUCGCCAAGAACUACCUCGGAGACUGCGGCACUCCCGGCGGCGGCGAUCACGAACCGGCUAAUGGUGACCAGAGGUACGAGGAGCUGGUCGGGGAGGCGGAGGUGUUGCUGGAGGAGGUGCACUUGACGCCGGCCGAUGUCGCGGAGGUGUUCAUGGGGUGCGACGGCGACGGUGCCCUCGCCGCGCUACAGAAGCUCGUCGACGAUCUCAGAAGCAAGAAAGUCGUUCAGGAAUGCGCCGCCAGCGACGUGUGACGCCAUGUGCCCAUGUGUGUAGUACACGAUCAAGGUCGCUGUCAGGUUGUCACCUAUCAAAAAACAGUUUGAUUGAAAACGCCAUGAGUGGAAGCUUUCACAUGGUACAUUGGUGAAUCGGGUGAAAAGUUGUUAACUAUUAUUGGAAAGUUGCAUCAUGAACCAAUAUAAUCCGAGAAACAAAUUAGAAUGGCAA